UUUUAUUUUCGACGAGGAAAAUAUCCCGGGCAAGAUUGUGUAACUCCGCAGAACUCAGUCUAGCUCUCUAAAUUUUUACUAGUUUGCAUAUUCCCAGCACGGUGGCAGAAAGCACGGAAAGCUUUACUCCUUCUUUUAUGCCGUAAUUGUGAGUGCCAUUACAAUAAAGUAUAAAACCAAAAAGGACUAUAAAUCAAGCUUUCAGAUUGGGGAGGGCGAAUAAAUUUAAAUGCUUCGGUUUUCGUGAGUUUGGCAUUAUUCAAAACAAAAAACAUCUGACUUAUCUCUGGUCUCGUGCAAUCCAAAAAUCCAGCAUUAGGAUUACACUGAAAGGCACCGUGGCUUAUUGAGAAUUUGAGGCUGAUUUUUAAGUACUGUUUGGAGGAAAAGAAAGGAGAGGCGGAAGUAAUGGAUUUAAAGUAGAUGGUGAAAAAUGAGGAAGAUUAGAUCUUUUUAACUAAUGAUUAACAAAUGGACACAAAAAUAGACUACCCCCUAUCUAAAGUUAUUUUCCCCUUUCGUCUAUGUCAUUACCUUUUCAACUUUCACCUAAGUCAACUGACCGUCUCAACUGUGCUUCCCCGAUCAGUAGACGCGACAAGUGAAAAUUUGAGCCACCAUCUCAAAUUCGUCUAGUACAAAUGAUUUUGACUACUUUUGGAAAAGAAACAGUUUGAUUAAUUUUUUUAGGAUACACUAUAUGGCAGCCGGACAGACAGUUCGGAGGUCGAUAGCAGCUGGCAAACCCUUAUUUGGGUUACAUAUAAUACGUUUUUGGCGAAUGGUGUCAAUUUGAUUGUGAUAUGACAGUCUCAGUUUAUAUCUUAAGGACUCGGCUCACGUUUCCAAAAUCAAUGAGUACUGAUUUUAUGGCAGGCGUUCAAUGAUUUUCAUUUGAAGAUAACCCGACUUUGCCGUGAAUUGCCUGGAUUGAAGAUUUUUCUUUGUCUCAUACUGGUUAACCUGGAGGAAAAAAACCCGAGGGUUGCCGAUUGCCGACAAAACGGGAAAAGUUUUUAUUUGGGUGAGAUCGCCUUUUCCGAACCGCGAUUACUGAAUAAUCGGGCCUACCAGUGUUCUUUACCGAAUUUUUUUUAACUUCGUUGCUAACGUUACGAAGCAAAAUCGUCAUGCAGAAACUAAGCUAACUUUGUUAUCCUUUUGGUUAUAGCAGGUGAAAAUUUCGUCCUUCUCAAGAAAAACUGUGUGAUGUAACUUCUGCUGUGACAUUGCGCACCGAGGAACAAUUCAUACCAAAUCUUCAAUUACGUGGAUCUAUAAACCAUGUUUUCAAAUACUUCUAAAUCUAGCAUAACAAAUGCUACAAGCUUGUCUGCAGAAAAUGGGAAUUCUUCACUAGACCUAAGCCCUGAGGUUAUCGUUAACAUUGUGUUUUUCAUCUUAUUGGCUCUGACAAUAAUCUUGGUAAAUCUUCUGGUACUCGCCUCAAUUCGCGUAAAUCUUCGCCUACGCAGUCCUGAAUACAUGCUAAUAUUGUCUUUGUCACUGGCUGACCUCAUGGUUGGAGUAUUCCUUCUUCCAGUCAGAACACUGGAACUCUCCUCUAUUGAGUCUACGAGAGAAUUCAUGUGGUGUAAAUUGACGAUUUGCCUGACUUUGUCCAGUUUGAGCGCCUCACUUCUUAAUCUCCUCGCCGUCACCAUGGACAGGUUCCUGGCGAUUUCCUAUUCUUUAAAGUACAACAACUUUGUAACUCUGAACAAGAUGUAUCUAACAAUAGCAGCGGUUUGGAUUACCGCACUGACAGUGUCUUUCUUGCCUCUGGUUGGUGCCGGAGCAAAGACCGUGGAAAUUAACCGUGUUCAACACCUGUGCCGUUUCGCUGACAUUUUGGAAGAAACGUACCUUGUGUUGUACUUUGUUUUCAUUUGCGCUACACCCACCGUGGUUAUUACUGCGGCAUACUUUAAGAUAUUUCUUCUCGCUCGCAGCCAAGAAAGACGAAUUGCCUCUUUAAUGGUGUAUUGUGAGGACAAUUUACAGCAGCCUUCACUUCGGAAACACAGUUCAAGGCAAAUUCUUUUCAACCGGGAAUCAAAAGCUGUUAAGACGAUAGCAAUCGUCAUAGGCUUGUUUUACUUAUGUUGGAUGCCAUUCUUUGUUGAUAUCCUCCUGGAAAUCUGCAAACAGGAAGCUCUGUCGUACCUUUUCACAGCCAUCAUGUCUUGCAUCGUGUACUCCAACUCCGCAGUCAAUCCACUGGUCUAUGGAUUCUUCAACCAGGAGUUUAAAAACACUUACAAGCGAGUGAUCAAAGGCAUCUUUCAAAUCCCUCGGCCCCGGUGCCUCUCGGACGAUGCGACUGUAACCCAGGUCACUGUCAUAAGAACGCCCUCCGAGAAAAGCUCAUGUCCAGUGACUGCUAAAAUCCCGGCUACCCAGUUAGAAACGGUAUCGCGGAAUUUUCAUCCAGUAUCACGAUGUAAUAGCACCUCAUAGAAUUCAUAUUCUCUUUUGUCUUGUCGUGGGAUUGAAGAAAGUUGACUGCGCAGUUUCGACAAAAUUAUGUGACAUUUCCAUCUUUUUAGAAAGUUGGGGAAAAGGUCUAUGUGAAUGCCCUUUCUUCUGUAAAAUUCGAAGCCUUGACUGUUCUCUUCUUACAAAUUGAAGUUAGGGAUGUAAAAAUACAGCAUAGAGUUUAUAUCGAAGCGUGUAAAUAUAGAAUAUGUUUAAAACAACCGCGAGAGUGGAAAUAUAUUGUAAAAAGAGACUAGAAUAUUGUAAAAGUAUUUUCCAGGGUAUCUGGAAGAUUUAAAAAAAGUUCAAAAUGUUCAAAUGUUGUUGUCUAUACUGGACAAGGCGCUUAGCUACACCAAGCUAAGCGCAAAGUAUUGGGAGGUCUGUUCAAUGUCUCUCUUAGAGAAUUAAUCUUGACUAAAGUUACUAAGUUAUACCCGGCCACUUAAACAACGUAGAAAAAUGUCUUGUGUUCUUGAUCUAAGAGAAAAAAAAUGGAAAAAAUCACCAAAAGAAAAGAGAGGAAUGGUAGGAGGGGGGAACGGGAAGACUUGUUAAGUGUCCCAACAUUAUUGUCCUAGAUUCCCGCUAAAAAAUUUUGUUCCUUUCAUUGUGUAGUUCUAUUUUCCCUCCCGUUGAAGGAAUACUUGUUCAUCGUCCAGGGCUAUCCCCUGCAUUAAUUUCGUCGGUAACCAUUUACACACCUGGGUUGGUCUUGCUAAAGGGCUGACAAAAACCGACAAAGCCUUGGUAGUGUAAAACAUAAAAUCGUGCGCAGCAAAUGUGUAUAUUCAACACUCGCUAAACAGUGAAAGAAAAUCGAUAGAAAUAAGGUUCUUCCGUUGGCAACUGUCCAUUCACUUCUAAUUUACUGGUUUCUUUGUCACUCCACCCAUGAGAACUUUUGAACCUGCACGCGCUUCCACAAAGA